AUGGACUCCUCCGCGGCCUCAAUGUCGAAGCGCCGUAUUCCAGGCCUUCCAAAUCCCGUUGUGGAAGCCGAGCAGCACAAAUGGCUAUUUUCAGAAGAAGAAUUUGAGCGCACACCUUCGCGCCAUGAUAACAUCGAACGGGAGAAAGAGGACUAUAUUCGACAUCGAGCUGUCGAAUUCAUAUGGCAGGUUAGCCUGAUGCUGAAAAUGCCUCCGCAGACAUCUAUGACCGCAACGGUUUACAUGCACCGCUUCCUUAUGCGCUAUUCUUUGAUGGGCCAAUAUCCAGAGAUGGGAUCAGAGCUGAUGCACCCAAAAGUGAUCGCUGCAGUUGCGCUAUUUGUCGCGUUCAAGGUGGAUGAAUCCAUGCGCCGGAUGAAGGACUUUGUCAUUGCAUGUUGUCGCGUUGCCAUGAAGCAAUCGAACCUGAUUGUGGACGAGCAGUCUAAGGACUACUGGAAAUGGCGAGAUCUAAUUUUGCAAAAUGAGAGCGUCAUGCUGGAAUUCCUCUGUUUCGAUCUACAACUUGAGUCGCCCUACCGCAUUCUCUGGGAUUAUAGCUGCUAUCUCGGUGUUCAAGAGAAUCGCGCUCUGAAACACUCCUCCUGGGCUUUCCUAAAUGACUCCACAUACACCAUCCUAUGUCUUCAAUUUCCACCCCGCGUCAUUGCAGCAGCCGCUUUAUACGCCGCAGCUCGCCAUUCCAAUAUCGCCUUCCCAGACGACGCAGAAGGUCGUUCAUGGUGGGAGCAGUUCGAUGUUCGCCUCGACGACCUUAUCCGCGCAUGCUCGACCAUCGUAAAAAUCUAUGAGCGCGUCCAACAAAAUCGCAGCAAAAACUACCCUGAAUUUGUCCUCUCCGAGCCCAUCCCCAACGACCCAACCCGCAUCUUUGACUCAGAUCUCACAAAGUCUACAUCCAAUCAAGCCCCUACCCUUCCCUCUCUCUCUGUUGCCGGCGAUGAAACGGCUCCAAAUGGCCGCAAACGCUCGCGUGAGCCAGAAUCACAUCCUGAGCCCAAUACUCAAGCUUCUCUUUCCCCGCACAAACAAUUACCAGUCAAUGGGAAUGGCGCUGAACGAUCACCGAAGCGUCAGCGAACAGUAACUCCCUCUCAAGACGCAAAUCCCCCUACAGGGCAUCAGACACAGCUCACAACCUCUCGUUCCCGCAUCCCUGCUGGGGCAUUGCCGCUCAAGCCACAACAAUCUGCGCUUCAACCCGAACUCAAUCUUUUUAAGAAGGAUCUGGCAGACCCAGAUUCCAAAAACCCCAAGGACUCAAGUGCCGAAGAAGGGGAAGUUUCAGAGUAUGAGAAAGAAAAGGCUAGGGAGACUCCAAAGCCAGUUAGUAGCGAACCGGUCGAAGAUGCGGGAAGUGAGGAAGGCGAGAUCUGA